UUAAAACAAUCUUUGAGCAUAUAUCCUCUAAAAAUUCUAAUGGAUGAAUAUCAAGAUAUAAACGAUGUGGAAUUUUCGGUUGAAGAAUUUAAGUAUCCGUUUCCAGGCGGCAAAAAUGAGAUAAGUAGAUCAGACCUUAUGCAAGGUAUAAUAAAAUACGUGUGGCAAGGCAAUUUUUCAGCUGAUAUGGAUGAAAAGUUAAAAAGAGGGAUUCGAACAUUGGAUAUUGGUGACAUGGCGGAAACUUAUCUAUCAUCAACAUUCAUAGGAAUAGAUAUCGUAUCACAAUACUUUCCCAAAAAGCAAGAUACUCUUCCUAAUACUGGUUUUCUAGAAUGCAAUAUUUUACAUGGACUUCCGUUUCCGGACGAAACUUUUGAUUUCGUAUAUCAGCGAUUUUUAUGGAGUUCAUUAACUGAAGAACAAUGGAUAUUUGCUAUUGGUGAGAUAAUAAGAGUGACUAAGAAAGGUGGUGUCAUUGAGUUGAUGGAAUUUGAGAUUAAACAAACGAAUAGUGGUCCGAAAACUGCAUUUUUAUUUGAUAUUGCGGCGAAAUUCAUUGCUUUAAAAGGCGUGAACCCGUACAUCAUUCCAAAAAUUCCAACUAUGUUACAAUCAACAGGAAAAGUCUCAAAUAUUCAAAGCAAACAAAAGGCAAUCCCUUUGGGGUGGGGCGGAAAGCUUGGAGAAUUGGUAUUAAGACAUUUAAGAACUGGAUUCGCAGCAGGAAAGCCAAUACUAAUGCAACUAAUUAACAAGUCCAGUGAAGAAUGUGAUGCAUUGAUAAAUGCGUUUGAAAAAGAGUCUGAAGAAUAUAAGACUUGUAUAAAACAG